AUGGGAGCUUAUCCCUCGAAUGCCGCAAAUACCGACGACGAACCGGCUAUGUCAGACUUCUGGAUGGCUGUAAACCACAUGGGGGGUUGGAUUGGUUCAAACAGAAAUGAGGUGCUCGAGUUUGAGCCUCAGGAGAGUGAGAUGGUUGAACAUGGUGGUCGCUUGCUACCGGGAAAUCUGGAAGGGUUGCUGGCGAAGUGGACAACCCUUGAGAAAAACUAA